CACGGCAACGCGGCCAUACUGGCCGCAACGGACCCGGGGUCUGGGUCUGCGGCGCUGCGGCCUCGUGGCCAAAGCGGAGCAUGGACAGCCUCUUCGUGGAGGAGGUGGCGGCCUCCCUGGUCAGGGAGUUUCUCAGCAGAAAGGGCUUAAAGAAGACGUGUGUGACCAUGGACCAGGAACGCCCACGCUCUGAUCUCAGCAUAAACAGCAGAAACCAUCUCCGAAAGGUUUUGCAUCUUGAAUUUCUCUACAAGGAGAACAAGGCAAAGGAAAAUCCUCUAAAAACAAACCUUGAACUCAUUACCAGAUACUUUCUGGAUCACUUUGGGAAUAUUGGUAACAAUGUUACUCAAGAAACACCAAUCCCUGCACUCUCAGUACCAAAGAAAAGUAACAAAUUACCAUGGACAAGCUCAGAGACUGCUCUGGUAAACAUAUAUGACCUCGCAGAUGAAGAUGAGAGCUGGAGAACAUCAUUGUCAGAAAUAAGUAAAGCCAGACAAGACAGUCUUGACGGGGAUGUACUUGGUCAUUUUGUAUCAUCCAAAAGGUCCUCGCACAAAAGUAGGCCCAUAAAGACUGUCCCAGGUGAAGGCCCCCCUGUGGCUUCUGCUUGGGAGAAGAUGGACAAGCUUCCAAUGUCAGAGCCUUCCUUGGACACGAAGAGGAUGGGAGAUAAGGUCAGGCCAAAGUCUGGCCUGAUUGUCCGAGGCAUGAUGGCCGGGCCCGUUGCCAGCUCCCCACAGGAUUCCCUCCGCAGACGCUCGCUGAGGCGGUCCCCGGCCUUGAGCAGUGCUGCCCAGCCUCACAAGGAAGGGAGCCCACAAGAGCCCGAGCUCUCUACUCACACCUCCAGCUGUCCCGCCCUGCCGGAGGGACCAGCUUCCAGCACCGCCUCCACCUCUAGGAGCCCCCGGGGCCCGCUCAGCGAGCUGGCGAGGGAAGGGCGGAGAACCUCGCCUGGCAGCCCGCCUCACCUGCCAGGCAAAGGGCUGCCCCCCAGGGGGAGUGGCAGGUGGGGAGACCUUUCCAAAGACAGUCCAGCCAUGGACGGUGGCUCAGAGGCCAACAAAACUGCCUCGAAGUUCUCCCUGUCCAAUGGGAAUGUCCCGAUGACCCAGGAGAGGCUGGAGGGAGCGUUUGAACGGCAGGGGAGCCCGCCCCCAUCCCUCAGGAAAAAUCAGCUGUCAGUGUCCAACAAGGUCGAAGGUGAUCUAGAUGUGCUGCAGCUUGAGGAUGUGGAAGAUGAACUGGUAAGGGAAGAAAUCAUCCUGUCUCCAGUCUCAUCAAUGCUCAAGCUGCAAGUAGUAUCCAAGCCCAUUGACCUCUCGGUGGCAAAGGACAUAAAGACCAUUCUGUUUGGUUCCAGCUUUUGCUGUUUCAACGAAGAGUGGAAACUUCAGAGUUUUUCCUUUAAUGACUCAGUAUCCUUAAAAUAUGGCAUUGUGCAGAACAAGGGUGGUCCCUGUGGGGUCCUGGCGGCUGUCCAGGGCUGUGUCCUGCAGAAACUCCUGUUUGAAGGAGAUAGCAGCUCUGACUGCGCUCGGCUGCAGCCUUCAAACGCUCGCAGGACCCAUUGCCUGGCCCUGGCCAUUGCAGACAUUGUGUGGCGGGCUGGGGGCCGCGAGAGAGCCGUGGUCACACUGGCUUCGGGAACACAGCACUUCAGUCCAACAGGGAAAUACAAAGCAGAUGGAGUCUUAGAAACACUCAUCCUCCACAGUUUGACCUGCUAUGAGGAGCUGGUGACUUUUCUUCAGCAGAGCAUCCGUCAGUUUGAAGCAGGCCCUUACGGAUGUGUCCUGCUCACACUGUCGGCCAUCCUGUCCAGAUCGACAGAGCUUGUCCGCCAGGACUUCGACGUCCCCACCAGCCACCUGAUUGGAGCACACGGAUACUGCACGCAGGAACUUGUCAAUCUGCUCCUGACCGGGAAGGCCGUGUCCAAUGUUUUCAACGACGUGGUGGAGCUGGAUUCUGGGAACGGGAACAUCACGCUCCUCAAAGGCAUCUCCUCACGCAGCGACAUAGGCUUCCUGUCCCUCUUUGAGCACUACAAUGUGUGCCAGGCAGCCCAGAUGUGCUUAUGGGGAAGAUCUGGUAUUUGGAGCAACCUGGAAAUGAUGUCCACAGCAGAGCUGUUCUGAUAAGGCUGAAGCUUUUCUUUCAUGGAGCCCGGCCUGCCUUCACUCACAGCCCAUCUCUAGGCUUCUCAGUGCAGCCUCUGGCUGGGAGCCAGAGUUCUGGGCCCUCACGAGUCUGUGGGGGGUGAUAGGUCCUGUCAGGUGACCCACAUUCCUCCUGUGCCCUGGGAGAAGCAGAGGCAACUCUGGGCCAAAAAAUGCACCCCUGCCAUAAGUAACGAGCCCCUACCCCUUCCCACUCCAGCCUGGCUGUGUCCUAUGGAACCUGAUUUGUUCUCCAUGACCAACUGGACUGGCCUUGCCCAUCUGACUUCCCCUUACUCCCUGCAUCCCCAGGCUCAAUGUGAAGGCUAGGCUGCACUGGGAAGACCAGCUCCUUCUGCCUCCUGGUGGCCGUGGUGAUGGGGGACUGACAGGCCAGGGAGGAAAACACAGCACAGGGAAUUUAACUUAAGGGCUUCCCCAUGACCUGUAAGUCAUGUUCAUUGCUUGCCUUCAUGGAGGGACCUGGGCAAAGACUGAGCUUGGCAGGGAGAGAUCUACAAGCGCCACCCUCCUCCCCUUUGUCCAGCUCCACAAAUAGCACCAUCUGCCCAGUUACUUGAACCAAGAGUAUGUCCAGUCCAUCAAGAGGUCAUGGGGCUCCCACCCUAAGUUGUUUCUCAAGUCCUCUUUCACCCCAUCCGAGCCACCAGCCUUGCUGGUCUGAACACCUGUGGCAGCCCAGCUGGCCUCUGGCUCCUGUCCCCACCUCCUUCCAAUCGGGCUCCUUCUCUGAAGCCAGUGUAAUCUUUAAAAGAGUAGAUUGAUCACAUUAUUCCAUUGCUUAACAACUUUUCAUGGAUUCCCAGCCCUCUGAGACUGUUACGGGCUGAAUCGUGUCUUCUCUCCGAUCCUUAACCCGGCAUUCAUUUGUUGAAGUCCUAGCUGGCAGUACCUUGAAAUGUGACUAUGCUUGGGGAUAGGGCCAUUAAAGAGGUAACAAAGGUGAAAGAAGUCCGAUGGUUGGGCCCAGAUCCAGCUGACUGGUGUCCUUAUCAGAAGAGGUUGGGACAUGGGCACACACUAAGGGCAGACCACUUGAAGACACAGGGAGAAGCCGCCCACCUUCAUGCCAAGGAGAGGGGCCUCAGAAGAGACCAACCGUGUUGACAUCUUGACCUGGGACCUCCAGCCUCCAGAAUU